UUUCCUUUGAAAGCAGCAUUAGUAUUGCUGUCUGAAUCUGCAUUCCAUGCAUUCCUACUGAUUGUAAGUGAGAAGGAAAUUGAGAGAUGGAAGGGGAAUAUGCUCUCAUCACUACAGCAGUGAAUUACCCCCUAAAAAUAAUCAACAGGUUGCCUAGUUACAGUGACAAAAGAUUGCAAAUUCACUAACACUGAUUUUGACAGGGAUUCUUCCGAAUAUGUAAAUUAAAUGUUCCACUACCCCACACUACUGGCCCCAACCAUGUUAAAAAUCAAAUCUCAAUUAACACCUUCAUCGCUGCAUUAAGUGUUUAAGGAUCACCUAUUUCUUUCUGUCUGGGAUUAAGUAUGGACACUGCACCCCUAGUACCUUCAAAUGUACAUUUAAAUGGAUUCAAUAGUUCCCUAUCACCAGUCCCUACUUUAGGAUCCUGUCCAAACUUUGUUCCCUGGUGUCUUACCUUAGAAUUCUGGGGAACUGUCCCCAGAAAGCAUAACAAGUGUCCAUCAUCAGACACGUUCACGCUAUGUUCGGGGCACUAGAACCUGCACAUAGAACGGAAGCAGCGCUCCUUGCAUGGUCUGCUGCCCUUGGUGGGCUAGCCUGCUAGACAGACUGGCAUGCAUUCAAUCCUGCUGGCUCGCUCCCCUUUAUCCUACCUACCAACAAUGUUCAGAGGACAGAACUGAAAGGUGAUGUUAACUACUACAUUACCAACACUCAUUUAAAACAAAAUGGAGCAUUGCAUGACAAAAAAGGGUUAAAACAAGUGAUUUGCAAUGUUUUAUUCACUGGUGUUAUUUCCAGAGUAGUGAUGGCAAUCCCUUUAAUUUUAAAGGAGGCCCAGCAUAGAUGGGGAAGAUUGGUCUAAUACAAGAAAAUAAAGGCACCAACAGACAUCUGAGGCUUUUUUUUUUUUUCCUGAAGUCUCCCUAAGGCUGUUUAGAAGAGACAUCCAGCAAGCGUCUGGUCUUUAAUUUCCACACUCACAGCGCUGUAUACAAGCCACACGGAACCCUUCCGCAUUCUAGUCUAGUUUCCUGCGGGCUUCUAAGACGCUGCACCCAGCUAUGUGCUGGCCAUGAGCUGUACUUCCGGGCGGUGCUGUCAGACGCUAACACUAAGUAGCCCCGCCCGGAAACUGGACACAGAGGUACCGGGAGGUGAGUGUAUGUGGCAGGCAAGAGGACAAGUCGGGGACUCCACAGCAAUCUCAUAUUUUUGAGUAUGUGUAUAUAUGUGUGUAUGGGGGUGAGAAAUGCAGGAAAUAAUGAAAUCAACUGAGAGAAUGCCUAGAAGUGUAUGUGCCAUGAACUGUGCAGGGUGUGUUACUGUCCUAAGGCUGCAUAUAAGUGGUAUAUAACCUCUAUUUAUCAUACAUUGUUUUUUUGUUGUUGUGUCAAUAUUUGACAAAUACUUUAUUUAUAAUAUAGAACAAUGGCAAUGAUACAUACUUAUAAUGCUUUUACUUGUCUUACAAUAACAUGCAGAUAUGUUUGAGUGGUUUGUUUGAUUAGUUUUUGUUUUGGACCCUUUUUUUUUUUGAACCGGCAAAAUAACCUAUAACAUAUUGAAAAUAUUCUAUUAUAUUGAAUACUUGCCUACUGAGCUAACCAUCUAAUCAGUGUUCUGUAUCUGAUCUUUCCUGUAUAAUGUUGAUGAUCUGCUAGCUUAGUAUGUCUUUUAGUUUGUCAGAAUUUGAGGGGUUUUUUUUGCCUUAACACUUGUAGUAAUAGUUUUAAAAAUGUGCAUUUUUAAAAGAUGGCUAGUCCUACGAGUCUGAUCAACCUCUCUGUAUAUUUAGCUUCUCACUCCUCAUUUCUUGAUAUUUGCUAUCGAGGCAACACUGAUAAGGAAACUGCAAGUGAUCGCUAAACACUAGCAAAAACACAAAGUACACUGCUUUCCUAGAACGCUUGCUUAAUUUGUAAAGUUUGCUCUGUGCUGUUAAAGAACUCCUAUCUAAGAUAUGUAAUAUCAUUGUAUCAUAGUCCUGUCCUCUAUGUUGGUCUUUGGACUUCUACAGAAAAUAUAAUUGUUGAACUGGCUGUGCAAAGUACAGGCUAUUUCAUUUCCAUUCAAGUCACAUAUACGUCUGAACCUGCUUUGGCUAUAAAUGUCACAGCCGUCUCCUAGUAUACUUCCAAGGUCUGUAAUUGCUUUGUGCAUGUGAGGAUGUUAUUUAUUAUUUAAUAUCUUGUUUUGUCCCCCAAUGCUCGUGAGAAUUUUGAAUGCUUGAUUAAAUGUGAUACAAUACAAAGCUGACAAGCCAAACCAAAAUAACUCUAAUAUUCCUUCCCUUUAGCUAGUUUACUUGUGGAUGAUCUUUGUGGUUUAAAACUCUCUUUAUAUAGGAUGAUAUUUUUCACAUCAAAGAAGGCUUAUCCAAAUCUCAGACCUAAAGUUGUUAAUGAAAUACAACACUUCUGAACAUUGUCAACCAGUAAUUCUGAUUGACAAAGGUUUAUAGGUGUUUGAUUACUAACCAUUAUUGGACCAGGUAACUAAUAAAAUACAUGAUUCUUAAUUUUUCAGUGGCAGAUGCCAUUUUCCUCAUUGGGUUAUUGAUAAUGAUUCAUUAUGAAAACAUUAUUAUGAUACUCGGAAAGAACAUGAGUUAGAUAUAGGAAUAGAAAAAGAGACAGAGUAUAUAGGGUGUUGAAAUUACUCAACUCCCCAGACUCUGUGAAGGUUACAAGAGGUAUAGGGGGCUUAACCCCAGCAAACUAUAAAGAAAAAAUGAGAAGAUGAACUGGAAGACCACCAGAAUAAGAUAUACAGGUGGAAGACCUGUUCAUUCAUAAAUCGAUGAAGAUUUAUGAAUGAACAGGUCUUCCACCUGUAUAUCUUAUUCUGGUGGUCUUCCAGUUCAUCUUCUCAUUUUUUCUUUAUAGAUAUAGGAAUAGUUCAAAAUAUUUCCUUAUUGGUAUUAUUGUCCAGUUGCAGUUUAAAUACAAAAAUCAGUACCUGCUGUUAUCUAGUUAUUUCUUGUAUUGAGUAGUACUGGACAGUAGUUUAAAAGUUUGCUUGUAAGGCUGAAUGCUAGUGACUGUGCAGAAUAAAGAAUCUCAGUAACCUGGAUUAUUAGUCACAGUUAAAUAUAGACUGAAAAAUGAUACUGUGAUCCUGUUAGACAGGAGAAGGCUGAUUUGCAGUCUUAAUCACUUCAUUCCUUGGCAGAUGCACUUAUCUAUUUUUUUUUCUCCUUGUCCCUGCUGUUGAAGGGACUUGAUAAUCUUGUAAACCCAGUAAGAAACCCUUGUACUAGUAGGCAAUAUAUACUUUGUCAGGGCUUGACAAAUUUGUUUGGAAGCUAGGAGCCAGCUAAAAAAGUUAGGAGCCAGUUUUUAUUAAGGGACACUAUAGCCUUCAGAACCACUACAGAUUAAUGUAGUUAUUCUGGUGCCUAUAGACUGUCCCUGUAGCAUUUACAUUGCUGCCCACUAAGACCUCUAGUGAGAGUCACUCAGACAGCCUCUAGAGAGUCCUGUGUCAGUGCUCUGCAUGAAGGCACUGAAUGUUACCAAUAUCCUCCCAAUGCUUUCCUGUAGGAUAGCAAUGGCUUAGCUGAGAUCAAUAAGAUAUCGGCUAUGGAGGCUGGAAAAGCCACGGCGAAACCAGUAUGUUGUUGGAAAAAAGGAGUAAAAACACCAAUCAUCUGAUCGGAGGGUAGCAGGUACCUAAACAGACACACACAGACAUAUAUAUACACACACUUUAUCUAACACUCGCAACUUUAUAUUUUUAAAUCUAAAACACCCAGCCUCCCUACCUUUGGGAGAGCUGAGUGGACUUUCCCUUGGGUCCAGUGGGGCUGCUAUUCCUGUGUGUGAGAGAGCAGUGAUCUUCCUGCAGCUCCUCUCUGCUUCCUUGCACUGUCUGCAGUAAUGCCGGGGGACAGAAUGACAUCAUAUUGCGGCUCCCGGCAUCAUUACACCGCAUGAGGGAGCAGAGAGGAGCUGCAGGAAGACUGCUCCCUCGCGCACUUCCCCAGCCUGCAACCUCUAUGCUCUCCAGGGUGGUCGACUACAUGCUCCCUGAGCCGGUCAUCUUCGUACAGCCCAGGGCGGCUGGCUACAAAGUCUCCUAAGACGGCCGCCUCCAUACCUCCCAGGGCUGCCAGCUACAAAGCUCCCUGAGCUGGCCGACUGUAUACAGCCUAGGGCGUCAGCUACAAUGCUCUCUGAGCCAACUGCCUCCAUGAACAUGCAGUUGGGCAGCCGGAUGGCUCCAUUGUAUGCCCAGCCGGCCACUUUAGAUAAAAGGCUGACAAAUCACAGGCAAAAUUUCUAGUCGCCAUGAUGACCUGGCGCCUGGGAUUUGUCGAACCCUGCUUUGUGACCUGAUAACACAUCAAAAUUAUGUUAUCCAGGAUUUGGAAUAGCCUAUAUGAUAUUGAUGAUUAGCUGAACUGGGGGAGGUGGGAUCUUGGUGCCAUUUCCCGCUAUAAAAUAUGUAAUUGUUUUCGCAGGAAUGGCAGGCUUACAUUGCAGCAUUUAAAUGCCUCAUGGGUUUAAAUACUGAAAACCACUAACUAGAGGCAUUUCGACAGAAAUAGCAGAGUAAAACUUAUUGAUUGAAGGUAUAGCCAGUAAUUUUUCCAAAUUCUUGGAAUUAUUGUAUUCUUGGAAAACACCAGACAGAAUUCAAAGUCUUAUCAGUAAAGCAGUAGUGAAUAUUUCUGCUGAAAAUUGGUUUAUUAAACGAUCACGCCAAACCACUAGAGCACUUAAGCGUUCUUUGAGGCUUCUCAGAGAGAAGAACCUGGAUUCGAUGCUUAAAGGAUAUUAAAGGGUCACUAUAGUCACCAGAACAACUACAGCUUAUUAUAUUUGUUCUAGUGGGUAUAAUCAUCCCCUUCUGGCUUUUUUUGCAGUAAACACUGUCUGUCUUUUCAGAGAAAAUGCAAUGUUUAUAUUACAGCCUCCACUGGCCACCCCUUAGAUGGUACCUAGACGUGCUUCCUGGGGCAGUGCUGCACGGUGUGCAGCAUUGCCAAUCAGUGGCUCCACCCUCUGCCUGGAGACACUGAACUUUUCUCAUAGAAAUGCAUUGAUCCAGUGCAUCUCUAUGUGGAGAUGCUGAUUGGCCAGGGCUGUGUUUGGCUUGUGCUGGCUCUACCAAGUCAAUACUUUCCUAUAGGCAGGCAGAUCAGGGUCAGAGGCGGCAACAGACUGAGGUAAAGGUAAGAUCUGACUAUAUUUAAGUAGGGCCAGGGGGGCUACUUAGUGAUUUUAACAUUAUAGGUUCAGGAAUACAUGUUUGUUCCUGAUCCUAUAGUGUUCCUUUUAAGUAUUACUGACACUUCUGUAUGAGGCAUUGAAUUAAGUGGGAUAUUCACUCUCUAGUGAUGAUUUCUCAGGGGUGGAGCAGAGCUACAGCAAAGAGACCCUUCUUAUUGUUAGAUUGGAGUUAAGUAACCCAUUUAUAUUACAGAAGGGGGCAGUAAUCUAAGUACACUAUGUUCUCCAGCAUUACAAAUGUAUAAGUGUUCCCUUACAGGACCAAUUUAGACACCAUAACAACUUUAUCAAAAUUAAGUUAUGGUGUCUGGAGUGUACAUUUUUUUUUUUUUUCUCAAGUUGCUUUUGAGAAUGGACAGUUACUAAUUUGCUGAGCGCAUUAGCUGAACACUUUCUGCCAAUAAGCAGCACCCCUAUCUUUCGUUUUUGAAGCUUUUUAGCAAACUGAAGGACAGGGGGCAGAGAGAUCGGUGCUGAAAUUGGGAAUUGUCAAUCUGCAGUUGCUAAGGCCAGUAAGAUUUUUUUCAUGUAUAAAUAGGGGCACAAAUUCUUGGGAUGAAAAUAUAAUUUUGCCGCUUUGUAAGACCACACCUUGAAUAUGCUGUGCAAUUUUGGGCACCUGUUAUAAAGAAAGAUAUCAUGGCACUAGAAAAAGUGCAGAGACGAGCUACAAAAUUGAUAAAAGGAAUGGAGAAUUUUAGUUACGAAGAAAGGUUAAAAAUUUAAAUCUGUUUAGUUUGGAAAAAAGGCGCCUGAGAGAGGAUAUGAUAACAUUAUACAAAUAUAUUCGGGGUCAGUAUAAGCCAUUAUCUGGAAAUCUAUUCAUGAAUAGAGCUAUACAAGGUCACACAUUUAGGCUGGAAGAAAGGAGAUUUCAUCUAAGGCAAAGAAAAGUUGUUGUUUUUUUUUUUUGUUUUGUUUUUUACAGUAAGAGCAAUAAGGAUAUGGAAUUCUCUGCCUGAAGAGGUGGUUUUGUCAGAGUCUAUACAGAUGUUUAAACUGCAAUUGGAUAAAUGCUUGCAAAACAUAACAUACAGGGAUAUAAUUUCUAAUUAGUGGGGUAAUCGCUGCUUGAUCCAAGGAGACAUCUGACUGCUAUUAUGGGGUCAAGAAGGAAUUUUUUACUAGUUUGUUGCAAAAUUGGAAGAGCUUCAGACUAGGUUUUUUGCCUUCUUUUGGAUCAACAGCAAAAACAUAUGUGAGGAAGACUGACCUUUUAUGGAGGCAAGUCUAUUUUCAGCUAUGUAACUAUGAAACACAGACUUUGGAGUUAAACUGUCUAUGACCUGUUUAUCUCCUUUAGGUGAGCAAGAGACCUACCGGCAUCAUAACACCUUUAUUUUGAUGAAGUUGUUAUGGAACCCCGAGUAUUGCUUUAAGCAGUAAUUUUCACAUUUAUUGCUAACUUUUAUUGUUAUAAGAUUAACUGUGUGUUAGUGCUAUAGUUCACGCAGUACUUGGAUUAUCUUGCCUUUUGUCCAAUAUUGCAUAUUUGCAGUCAGUCUCACAACACACCAUUCUGACUGACAUCCCUGGCAAUUUAUGUGAAAUAGCAGGUGGGUUAUGUGCCCUUUCCAGCCUACUAUAAUUAAAACCCUAGGUGCUGUGAACUCAAUCUAGAUUAGUUGUACUUGUACUUAUAUAUAUAUAUAUUCGUUUCGUCUCUAUCAAUCCUUCAUCCAUAGUGGGUUUGUUUUUUGUGAAAGUGAUGAGUCUGAGUCAUACCACAAAUUUUUGAUUUUUUUUUUUUUUGUUUAUAGUGUUUGCCUUAGUAAGUUAUCUUUCCCUAUACUUAUGAAACACCUAUUUUGCAACACUCUUGUAUCAUCUUGUUAGCUAGUGCACUAUUGUGAAAGACUUAGUUAAAUGCAUAAACACGUUAAGACACAAACACUUUAUGUUCAGUAAGAAAUAUUAUUUUGAUUCUGUAACAUAAUCAAAUGUUAGAUUGAUAAUUAUGCAUCCCCUGCCCAUUAAAUUACUUGUACAGUGUAUGUGUGAGAAAAUAGCCUAACUCCAAUGGGGAAGCCAGGAGUAAAGUCUCAACCUACAUAAAUGAAAAUAGAAAGUACUGUUAUUCUUUAAUAAUCAGUAGAAAAUAGCUGUGAGUUUUAUUAAAGAAAGGGAAGGGAAUAUUUUUAUGCAUCUAAACAAAGCAGGAAAGACUGAGUCCUCAAAUUUAUUCUAUUGAUUAUGGAAAAAAUAUUUUCUUUUUUAUUCAUGCAGGUUGGGUCUGUCUUACUACAAACAAUAUAAUUGGGGAGAGCACCGACCUUAUGUGAGCUAAGGGUGCAAGGACUACAAUUCUGCACCUCUCGUAUCAUAUUCAAAUUGGAACAAAAACUGUCCAACACUUCUCUUGGUGAAACUAUUCUGUAUUGGCCAAAUCAUUGUUUCAGCUGCGUUUCUUUAGCCAAGCAAUCUUCUUUUCUGCUUGAUAAAGACAAACGCUCAAAGAGUUUCUGCUUUGGAUUGCCAAAAUAGGGAUAUUAUUUUCACAAUAGGGAAUGUUGAACAAUUUUUGAGUCUUUCUUCCUGGCAUCCCUUUUAUUAUAAAUUUGGUAUAUGAAGGAGGUGGGGGAAACACUUCCCUACUCUGAAGCUUUAGAAUCUACCUUUGCCCCCCUCCCCUUUACAUGUCAGCUAUAUCAGGGUUUGACAAAAUUGCUUGGAUGCUAGGAGCCAGUUAAAAAGGUUAGGAACUAGUCUUUAUUAAACUAACGAAGUUUAGUUUUGAACAAGAAAAAUGCAGUUCUUAAAGGGACGCUAUAGCCACCAGAACUGCAGCUUAAUGUAGUUGUUCUGGUGUUUGUAGCCUGUCACUGCAGGAUUUUCAAUGUAAACACUACCUUUUCAGAGAAAAGACCGUGUUUACAUUACUAUCUUGCGACACCUCUAGUGGCAGUCACUCAGACGGCCACCAGAGGUGAUUCCUAGACGCUGAACCUAUGUUCACCGCCUCCACACUCUGUAUGGAGGCUCUGAAUGUUCCACAUAGAGAUGCAUUGAUUCAUUGUAUCUCUAUGAGGAGAUGCAGAUUGGCCCAGCACAGCCUUUUGCUGCCCCAUGCGGGCUGGUAGCCUUCGCUAAAUAGCUUCCAUGACAAAAUCCCUGGCGCCUGGGAUUUGCCGAGCCCUGCGUUAUAUGUAUGAAGAAUAUUUGGGUACACAUGUUUUGGUUUAUCACAUUCGCUAAUUGCUUUCUGUGGCAUUUUGAUAUAGUUUAAAGAUAUUUUAACCGUUCUUAAAGUUUAAGAAAUACAACAUUUAAGUCUAAAAACCUGUAAUAUUUGAAAAUGUCCAUAACAAUACCUUUUGAAUGUAAUUCCUUACUGCUUCAUUAUCUAUAUCUGUGAGGUCACUGGACACUCAGUGUACCAAAAUAAUGUUUUUGAUCAAUUAGAAGGUUUUAAAUAGAGAAUAUUUUCACUUUCAUUAGUGAUUGAACACCUUUUAUCCCAUUUUUGUAUUUUUAUAGGUGUGGCAAUACAUAUUCAUGUCAUGAGAACCUUCCCUUAUGUGAGGUUAUUGCCUGACAUAAUAUUUAAUUUUAUAUGGUUGUAAUCUGCUUUGGAAACAACUUGAAUAGGAGAAUACCUUGAAAAUAUGUGACUAAAUACCUUGAUCUAUAUCCAUCCAGAAUCUUGAGACUGUUUUAUAAAGUUAACCAAAAGUUAGCAUUUGAGCUAAAACAUAUUUCUAUAUCAUACUUAACAAUAGAUAAAUAAUCAGUAAAAUGUGAUGUGUCCAUGUAUAAAAAGAAAAGCAUGUAUAUACAAAUAAUAGUGCACCCUGUUGGUAUUUAUGCAGAACUCAAGAAACUAAUAAACAUGUUUCUUUAUGACCAGAUGAGAAAUUAUUCUUUCAAAUGGUAAGAGUGCCAAACUUACAAGAAAUGGAGGGCCAUGUGUUUUUGUGCUCACAUGUUUAAUUUGAUAUUUGGCUCCUUUCCCUCAACCCCUCCCCCCCUUUGUUUAAUAAAGUUGUUAGACGAAGUAUACUAUAUAAAGAGUUUUUUUCAUUACAUAAAUAUUUCUAUUUAUAGCUUAUCGUCGUCAUUUCAAUAAUGGAAUCUCAGAACACGCUCAAACUCUACUCCCGGAAGCGGAGAAAAGAUCCUGCAGACCCCAAUGGUACAGCAGAUGAAGACCCUGUGCCUACAAAAAUGCCACGUGAAACACAUGUUAGUAGUGCUGUUUAAAGAUUACUUUUUUUUUUUUAAUUAGAACAUUUGUGCUUGUUUCUUUAUAGUCACACUUAAGUUACACAAACACACUAUGCGAACAAGCUUAUUGGGACACCUGACCAUUUCACCAACAUGGAUUUUUAUGACCUCACAUUCUAAAUACAUAGAGAUUAAUAUGUAGUUGGUCGACCCUUUGCAGCUAUAACCGCAUCAACUAUUCUACGAAGGCUUUCCACAAGAUUUGGAGUGCUUUUGUGGGAAUUUCUGCUAAUCCUUCUGGUAGAGCAUUUGUGGGGUCAGGUACUUAUAUUUUACAAUAAGGCCUGACUUGCCAUUUCCUGUCCAGUUCAUCCCAAAGGUAUUCGAGCCAGUCAAGUUUUUCUUCUACACCAAACUAAUGUAACCAUGUCUUUAUGGACAUGCUUUAUGCAUUGGAGCUCAGUCAUGCUGGGAUAGAAAAUGGCCUUCCCCAAACUGUUCCCACAAAGUUGGAAGCAAAACAUUGUCCAAAAUCUAUUGGUAUGCUGGAGCAUUAAGAUUUUCCUUCACUGGAAGUGAGGGACCUAGUGAGGCCAACCCUUGAAAAACAGCCAUGUCAUUAUGCCUCUUCCACCAAACUUUACUGUUGGCACAAUGCAGUCAGGCAGGUAACAUUCUCCUGGCAUCCGCAAAACCCAGAUUUGCCCAUCAGACUGUUUAACACAGAAUGGUGACUCGUCACUCCACAGAACACUUUGAAACUGCUCCCGAUAGCGUGCUUUAAACCAGUGUUCCCCAACCCAAUACUCAUGGCCCACCAACAAUCCAGUAUUUAUAUAUUUCCCUGUUUUAUUCCAAUGGAGAUACUGACAAAAUCUGGACUGUUGGUGGACCCUGAGGACUGGGUUGGGGAACACUGCUUUAAACCACUCGAUCCAAUGCUUGGCAUUUAAAUUGGUGAUAUGAGCACAGUUUUUGUGCUGAUCUUAAUGCUAGUGAAAGUUUGGAACUAUUCAGCUCUGCAAUCAACGGAGUGUUGGUAAAUUUUUCUCACAAUGCCCCUCAGCACUUUUAUUUUACGUGGUCUUCCACAUUGUGGUUGAGUUGCUGCUGUUCCUAAACACUUCCACUGUCCAAUAAUGCCACUUACUUGACCAUGGAAUAUAUAGCUAGGAUGAAAUUUCACAAACUGACUUAUUGCAAAGGUGGCAUUCUAUGACCGUACCACGCUUGAAUUCAACAAGCUCAGAAUUACCCAUAUUUUAUUUUCACAAAUGCUUGUAAAUGCAGACUACAUGGCUCAGUGAUUUUAUACACAUCUGACAAAGGGUCUGAAUUCAAUAAUUAAGAGGUGUGUCCCAAUAUUUUUGUCCAUUUAGUGUAUACAUAGAUCUAUCAGGGUAAAAACAUGCCAUCAUUUGGCCACGUGGUGGCAGCAUUUUACGUUGUAUGCCAUCUCCAAGUUUACGAAUUGCAAUGUAUACAUUAUAUAUUGUACAGAGCUAUGGAAUUUGACACAUUAUUGAUAAUAAUAUACACUGAUCGGCCACAAAUUUAAAACCAAUGACAGGUGCAGAGAAUUACAUUGAUUAUAUCAUUACAAUGGCACCUGUCAAGGGAUGGGAUAUAUUAGGCAGCAGGUGAACUGUAAGUUCUUGAAUUUCAUGUGCUCAAAGCAGGAAAAAUUUGUCAUGAGAAAAGAUAUGAGUGACUUUGACAAGGGCCAGAUAGUGAUUGCUAGACAACUAGGUCAGAUCAUCUACCGGUAUGCAGUGAUUAGUACCUUCCAAAAGUGGUGCAAGGAAGGACAACCAGUGAAUCUGUGUCAAGCACAAGGGGGUCCAAGACUCAUUGAUGCAAACGGGGUUUGAAGUCUAGCCCGUAUGGUCUGAUCAAAAAGAAGAAGCAGGACUUAAGGGAUCUACUGCUAAUGUUUUGAUGCCAGAUACCACAGGACACAUUCAGAGAUACUGUGUAUUCCAUGCCUCGACGCAUCAGAGCUGUUUUGGAAGCACAAAUGGGACCUUCAUGAUAUUAGGCAGGUGGCUUUAGUGUUGUGGCUGAUCAGUGUAUAAUUUAUGAGUUUAUAUAUAAUCUUUAUUUUGAGGGGUUAUGGAUUUCAUUUGUCACUUUUAUGCAUUGUUUGGUAAAGUGGACACCCCUUCUGUUUAAUGGGUUACAGGACUAUAUUUUUUUUAUGUAUCCAGCGGUGCAAUUUUCAUUGAUAAGCAAUAUUAGUAUAAUAGCACAUGCUACAGAAUUUGGUAACAUUCAAAUUUGCAUAAUCACUUCCCAUUUAGAGCCCAAAUGUAAAAUAGAAUUCACUGUUUAGUAGGUUAACCCCAAUAAAAGCUUGCAUGCAUUUAAUAAUGCUUUUUUUUUUUUUUUUUUUUUUUAAAUUGGGGCAUAUAUAAACACAGCUUGCAAUAGCUACAAAUCUCUUGUCUACAGCCUUUGCAAGUUGUCUCAUACUAUCCCCGCCUAGACUUCCUGUGACUGUAAAAUCACAGACUUCCCAAUGCAGCUCAAGUCUUUUCGGCAGGUGCUCUGGGAAAUUGUCUUUCUUUUGAGUUUAUCUCCACUGAGCUAACCAAACCAGGAAGUAACAGAACCCGAUGUCUUAUUGUCAGCUAAGCAGGUGUAACAAUUUUUAUAGAAUUCUGCACUCUUUGUAAAUGGAAAAAAAAUGACACACUCUUCAGACCUACAGCAUUUCUGCAUGGGUGUCUUGAGGAUUGUCCUUUUAAUUGCUGCUGUUGUGAAAUAGAAAACAAACAGGUCUAGUUACACAGCUGUCCCUUCUGCAAAACCAGUGAAGCAAUAUAUCCAGUAAUGUGAUGUAGUGCAUACAAUUAGCUAUCCAGGUUGAGGGUCAUGCAGAAGCCUUAAUUGGCCUCACCUACCAUUGACAUUUCUUUUGGUCAGCAAUACUCUGAAAUGCUAAAUAGAGGUAAUGGUUGGUAUAUGAUUCUGUGUGUUAACUGUAAAUGUUUAUGUCCUAGAUGAGCUUAUGGCAGAAUCUUUUGCUCUCAGUUUAACUUUCAUCAUCGAGUGGAUGCUGAAUAUCUUUGAGGGUUUUCAUACUUCUAACUAAUUUUAGUUUGGUUAUUUGUUGCUUGUUGAGUCGGUUUGCUUUGCAUGGUCUGUUCACAAAUUAUGUGGAGUCACUUGCAACUUAUGUGAUCUCUAGUCAGCUGUAAAUGUCAUAUCACAUUACUUUAAUGUGUGCUUUAAUAAAGAGGUCAAAUGAAGGAUAUCUUGCUAGAUUGAUUUUGCUGGCUGUCUGUGCAUGACCUAGAACUAAGCCAUCACAAUCGUGGAUUAUGGGCUGUUUCUUUUAGGAAGGCCUGACGCUGUUCGUUAUGAAAUUUGGAUUUCAGAAUACAAAUAUGAUUUUUCAACUUGAAGUAUGUCAAACUAACGUGGCCCUUUGAGAAUAGUGAUGGGUCCUGAGGCAGAAAUACAAUUGAAACAUCAUCACUUUUUUUCGCUCAGUACUAUUUUGUUCAGACAACAGAUGCACAUGGAAUACAUUUGACUAACAAUCUAUUCAUGUUUAAGAUUUAAAAAAACAAAAAACAACCAAAUAAUAGAAGCAAACCAUUCAGCAGUAAUUGCUAUGACAUUUACAGUCUGUCAGUUUUAUUUAUUAUUAAACAAAACUGCAAUUCUUCAUUCCCUUUAUUGGACUCUACAAACUCCUGGAAAUUGCUAAUACUUUUAGAAACAUGAAACCUGAUCCAUCACGGAACAAACUAUGGCAUGACUUUGCAGCAGUCAAUGACUACACUGUAUCUCCUGUCACAGAUUUUAAUGUAUGUGGUCAAUAGGUAGUGUACAUAAAUCAGGACUAAGGAAUUAGAAGAUGCAAUAUACAGGCUAUUAUAUCAUUUUAGCAUUGUGGCCAUUAAAAUGGAUAUGAAAAAAGGUGAAUUGGUGGCACAUCUCCCACGUUAAAUUACUGUAGGACAUCCCUGGUAUUAGGGUACUGUGAUGUUUGAUUUUAUGUAACCAUGUAAAACUGUAUUUUUUUGUGUGUGCUGUUCCUUUAUCUGUAUUGUGUAUUAAAAUUGAUAAGGUCAUUCUAUGUCAGAAGAAACCAAAAAUGAAGUUUGUAUAUUGCACUUUUAUUGCAGGGUGUCAGCCAGCCUGCGCCCUUCUCAGACGAGCUGGAAAUUGACCUCAGUAAACCAUACAAACGAGUUACCAUGGAAGAAGCAAAGAGGGGAACCCCACGUAAGUUUAAGGCCAAACUUGCAGUGUUUAAAGAAUAUCUUUCUCAUUCUCUCACUGUGUUAAACACUGGCAGGGUUAUUAACUAAAGUGAGAAUUGAAAAUUUUAAAUUCAAGGUCAAAGUAGCCAAACUGAAAACAUAGCUGACUCAAAGUAUUUUUUUUUUUCCAUUUCAGCUAUUUUGACCUUAAAUUUGUGCUCUUCUGGGGUGAACAGUGCAACCAAGGUAAUUUUAUAUUUAAAAAAUAUAUAUAUAUAUGCAUCUCUGAUGCACUUCAUUGUUUGUGGCAGUGUCAUUUCCCCAUGAUGAUCCCAGGCAUGUACUGAGAACAUGCACACUAAGACAUUCCUUCCUAAAAAUAUUCACCCUCAUGGCACUUCUGGGUUUAUUUCAUUCCCAUAGUAUUGGCUGAGCUGGACAACUUUGGUGAGAUUUGUUGCGAAUGCAUGGCAAAUUCAAAGUGCAUUAAAAUUUAAGGCUAAAAUAUCUGUACUGGAAGCAUUCGCUGAUUUGCGGAAUUUUUCCAGUUCAGUUAUUUUGGCUUUACAUUUGAAAUUCACUAUAUAUUCCCACCAGUUCUCAUUUUAUUGAAUAGCCCUGUUAGCUAUUGCAUUGUGCAUAAAUCCCAUAUCCCGAUGCUUGCAUCAAGGAAACUAGAAACAACUGUAUUAAUUGCAGAAAAAUGUCCUUCUCACACCCAUGUUUCUUAUUGUAAAGAGAAUAUGUUAAUGGUUUAAAAUUGAUAAUGCUUCAUAUUAGGGCUACCGCAAUAGAACAACACUAUUCUUUGUUGAUUUUCUUCACAUGGAAGGUGCUACUUUGUAGAAUUUCAUAUACAAAUGUUGCAGGAGGUAAUUUUUCAAGGCUGUACUUAAAUUCUCCUAGGUUUUUUCAUUAUUUCCCUUCUCUCCUUUGUCACAUGUAAAUUUGCAUUCUGCAAUAUAUAUAUAUAUACACACAUACAUAUACACACCUGUGUCUGGUUUCCCUACUUUGCAUUCUAAAUUUGUCUCUAUAUAAACUAUUUUCCAGUUUUUCUGCAUAUUCAUAUAGUCGGAGCUUUAUCAAAGAAAAACAUGUGCUCUAACAGGAAAAUAUGCUUAAGAACCAUGAACACCAGUAGAAUGUCUCUCAACAUUUAGUGCUCUGGACACAGAACAUAACCUAUUUUUCAUUGAUAAAUAUCCUUCAGAGAGUGAUGAACUCAUGUGGAGAUAUAUAGAAGGGUUUGCAUGCAGGUUUUUAAAAUCUUGCCAAAACUGUAGAAUAAUCAAUUUCUGAAUCUACUGUGGUUGAUUUUUGUUUCUUUUGUAGCUGACAGACCAGUGAGAGUUUACGCUGAUGGAAUAUUUGACCUGUUCCACUCUGGGCACGCACGAGCUUUAAUGCAAGCAAAGAACCUCUUUCCCAACACAUAUCUGAUUGUAGGAGGUAGGAUGUGAAUCCUGAGAUUAUGCACAUUCUCUCUUGGAUGGUGGUUCACAGGUCUCUUGUUUGUUCAUAGCUUACACUUUCCAAAAAAUUUGUAGCCACACAGGAAUACUGCAGAUUCUGUGUUUACUGUGCCAAGCUUAUAUAUGCAGUACAAAAACUCCACUCUUAAAUGUUCCAGGGCAUCAUGUAUUUAUUUGCUUUAAUAUUCCAUAUCCAAAAGUCAAAAAGCUGACCAGGUGCAACGGAGACCAUUCGUUUUCUGACCACGGUUUGCUGGCACUUGCAGAGUCUUUCCAAAUCUCAAACAUUAAAACAUUUGAAUACAGUUAUCCAAACUGUUAUUUUGUUCUAUUAUGUUAAGGGGACACUGUAGUCACCAGAACCUCUACAGCUUAAUGUCAUUUUUCUAUAGCCUGUCCCUGCAAAGCACUCAGACGGCCACUAGAGGUGUUUCCUGUGUCAUUGCUGAACUGUGUGCAGUACCUACAUUCAGUAUCUCCACGCUCUGUAUGGAGUCGCUGAAUGCUAAAUGCUCCUCAUGCAUUGGAGUUGGUUUUGCCGCGCAUGCGCAAAUGUCUCCCAAUACUUUCCUAUGGGAAAGCAUAUGAUUUACCUGAGAUCAAGAUUGAAGAUAUCAACCAUAGAGGCAGGGGGGUCAGUAAAUGGCACGCUUCCACAUCUCCUCACUCCCCUCAUCUGUCUGGGCACAGCUGGUCAAAUAUUGCCCACAUGAAAUGCAGAGAACUUGGUUCUUUGUCAUAUUUAUAUGUUAUAACUAUAUAACAUAAAUAGCACUUCAGAAUAUGUGGGUACCCAAUCAAUGUAUGGAUUUUUUUUAAACUGGGGAAACUUUUUUUUUUUUUUUCCUUUUUAGUCUGCAGUGAUGAAUUGACUCACAACUUGAAGGGCUUCACAGUGAUGAACGAGGCAGAACGUUAUGAUGCAGUUCAGCACUGCCGCUACGUGGAUGAGGUCGUGAGGAAUGCCCCAUGGACUCUCACCCCCGAGUUUUUAGAAGAGCAUAGGGUGAGGGAGAAACCACAUCUCAUGCAACUCAAUAUUUCCUUCAUGACUAAUAAUUGUAUUGGGGUUUUAAGAAUAUCUGUGGUGCUUGCAUCUUCUGUUUGGAUGAAGUAAGGAUAAUUUGGUUGUGCUUGUCAACUAUUUAGAGAAAAGCCCUCUUGAAUUUCUCCUUAACAGUGGUACUAGUAUUAUGUGAACAGAUAUUCGCUUUAGGGUAAUUUUCUUCUAAUAUUUCGCAUUCCUUUUUAUACGUUUAGUGAAGAAGGGUUUGCUUUGAUACUUGAAGAGAUUAAUUUAAAAUCGCACAAAUUAGAGUUUGGCUGUUUCAGUUGGUUUAGUCACUGUUAGCUGGGAUUAACAUUUUUAGUACAGAGAGAGCAUUUAGCUGCAAGGGAGACACAUUUGUAAUCACAGAAUCAUCCAAAUCUCACAUCACAGCUCCUAUGACUGCUGACAGUUGCUAUGUAUUGUAUCUAAUGUACCAUGCCUAAUAUUUCUUCUGUAUUUCCACAGAUUGAUUUUGUAGCACAUGAUGAUAUCCCUUAUUCGUCUGCAGGAAGUGACGAUGUCUAUAAGGACAUAAAAGAUGCAGGUGAGUCUGAUGCCAUACCCAUCUACAUAUUCCUUUUACAGUGUGCCUUCCCAACCUACUGAUUGGCUCUCAAUCUGAGGUUAUUAUUGGAGGGAGGUGGGGUGGGGGGGGGGAAUUACCUUUUUCUUCCAUUCAUUCACUCUUUUAAUGCAAAUAUGCAUAUGAAGGUAGCUAGUGUAUUCAUUAUUUAAUAGUUAAACAUACAUUCAAAUAUCACAAAUUCCUCGUUACAAUAAAUGUCCUGGCAAUGAAUUUUAACACAUGUUACUAUAUUUCCCAUGAUUCCUUUCUGUUUUCAUGGCAAGCCAUCUGAGAAAUCCAACUUUUAGGAACCGAAAGAAAUCCAUGGGGAAAAAGUAUAUUUGCACAAAUGCCAGGAGAAUGUGUUUUUGAAAUACCAGAGUGCAUUACCUGCUUCCGUCACCAUCAGCAAUAAUUAAAAUUUGACAUAUUUUACUAUGUCUCCGGAACAUGCAUAUAAUGUGUACAGAUAGAAAUAUACUGUAAAUGUCACAAUAUACCUUUAAUCCCUUCACCAGUGAGCCGCCUACCCUACAAAAUCAAAUGAUAAAAGAAAACUACAAAUCUCAGUCUUCAUGAUGUGUCAAGGAAAGUAAUGUGCAGAAUCAAGGCAUCCAAAUUUGAGCAUAGCUUGCUGUUUAGGGACACCUAACAAUUUAAAUCACUUAAAUACGUUUCUUCAUCCAAUGCAUAAAUAAUUAGAGUUGUAAACAAAUAUGCAGUGAAUGGUGAAACUGGCCUCCCUUUCCUUUCGAAAGAAUCACAAUUAAUAACAGAGAAGGGCUGGUUAAAUUUAUAGUAUAUACAGUAGGUUUAAUAGUGCAAUAUAAAUAAAUCUUACAUGUAUAUGCAAGGAUUAUUACACUGUUUUGGGCAGUCUAAAUUACUAAAUAGACUGCAUCAUGUGUAAAAUGUCUGACUAUAAUGCCACGUCCUUACAUUAUCUAGUGGAAAUGGUACAGUAACCUGCAGGCACUUUACAGGGUUGGUGGGGGUGAAAUUAUGCUGGUCUAUCUCUCUGUGCCUAUUAGGCAUAGGAGAGAUGAUUUAGUUCUUUUGUGGCAUUAGAAGUCUGCAGAGUAGUUAAGAUUCCGAAAUAAGUUGUUUUGAAACUUCAGCGAAUUAACCUUGCAUAUCUUUAUUAUUAUUAUUAUUAUUAUUAUUAUCCCCAUUUAUAUAGCGCCAACAGAUUCCGUAGUGCUUUACAAUAUUAUUAGAGGGGGGGAUUUAACUAGAAAUAGAACAAUUACAAGAAAAAGGAACGGUAGGUUGAAGAGGGCCAUGCUCAAACAAGCUUUCAGUCAAUAGGAGGUGGGGUAUAAAACACAUUAGGACAAAACAGAGAAGAGGUAAUUCAUCUAGGUAGAAAUUUAAGAUAAAUCAGGAUUUAUCAGGGGUGUAGAUGGUAUGGAUAUCACUGUUUAUGGGACCAGUUCUAUUUAUAGCUGUACUCCGAACUAGAAGCCAACCUUCUUCCAGUGUUACACUAACAGGGUUAUUCCCCAAACAUUGAAUUUUCACAAAUUAAAUCCUAACAGCAAAACUGAAGCAAAAAUAGCAAUGUUGUUACUGUGGCUGAGUUUGCGAAUUUUUCCAGGUCAGCUUUUUUUUCCUCUUGUUUUUUCAUUUAGUUUUCAAAACUUAGACGUUGAUUUAAUAGCACUGCAGGAUGAAUGGCUACAAGGUAGGCAGUACUUGCCAUUAUUUUACCAUCACAAAACUUGAACUGACUAAGGUUUAAAGCGGCUCUGUCAACUUCUGGGUCAUUUGCAUAUUUUCAAAGACCCCUGUUGGUGAUCUCUCCACUCUGGGGACAGUGAUUCGGUGGAGCAGAAGAGAUGAGCUAUAUGUACCUAACUGACUAAACUUAACAGCGAUGGCAAUGCCUUUUUUCAAGCUAGGAAUUUACAAUAAGACAAAGUAGUCCCUUUUUCAUCUUAUGCCUUUUUACUGCGUUUGGAACAUCAAUUAAUUUAAAUAAAGAUUUUUCAUUGUGUAAAUCUUACAUUAUUUUUUGGGUUGAAAGAGCUGCUUUCCACCGCAAAAAUCUGUGUAGUGCUGUUUUUGGGGGGUUUUUCCCCCCUUUUUCUGCAGUUUUUACACUAUUGAUUUAUAAUCGUUAAACUUCUUUGAAUGCUUUCUCCUCACAGGUAUGUUUGCUCCCACCGAGCGUACAGAAGGUAUAUCAACAUCUGAUAUUAUAACCAGAAUUGUACGAGAUUACGAUGUUUACGCUCGUCGGAAUUUGCAGCGUGGUUACACUGCCAAGGAGCUUAAUGUCAGCUUCAUCAAUGUAAGAUAUGAGUGUGUGUUGUGCUAAAAUAAUUGUACACAAAACGUUUGUCUGCAUUUACCUUUAACGGUAUAGAUUAAAAUAUUUUGUAAUUCAAAUGAGAUUUUAAGAGAAAUUGCUGCAAAGAAAUACAUUCUGCUCCAUGUUACUUCCAGGAGAAGCGAUACAACCUGCAGGAGCGAGUCGACAAGGUUAAAAAGAAGGUAAAAGAUGUGGAGGAGAAGUCAAAAGAGUUUGUGCAGAAAGUGGAGGAGAAAAGUAUAGACCUUAUACAGAAGUGGGAAGAGAAGUCCAGAGAGUUCAUUGGGAACUUCUUAGAAAUGUUUGGUCCUGAAGGAGCCUUGGUAAGACCUUGGUUCAUUCAUUGGCCUGUCUUUUUCUUUGUAGAAACUAGUAUAAAUUAUACAGGAUUUAAAAAAAAUAAAAAUAAAUAAUAAUAAUAAUUUUGACAUAAGGUACAAGGUCCGUACAAAUAAUUUACAUGCUGUCUUUGUUAGUUCAAAUAAUGCUAAAGAAAGUGCUACAUGGAGAAUCACACACAACCCUAUAUGGUAAUCUGAUAACGCUGUUGCAUACACACUUCUCUUAGAUUUACAUUAGAAAGCUUUUCUAUAGGGUACUAGUUUUACUAGGUUAAGAUAGUUGUGUAUCUUGUACCAAGUUUGAGGACAUUAUGACAGUGGUGGUUAAGCGUUCUCUUCUAAUCUUCCACUUGUUAGCCUUCCAGUGCAUUACAUUGUUCUGUUUGGCAACUACUAUGUUAUGCAGAGAGAGCUGCUGUGUGCUGUUAUGUCAUAGGUCUGCGUUCUUGUAACCUACAAAUGAUUGGUCACCUAGUUUAAAAAUUUUGUACAUUUCAACAAGAUUAGUGUGCAUUAAAAGUGCAGUAAAAAAAAAUACUUUUUUUUUUUUUAAUGUAUAAAUGUGAGUUAUUAGAUGAAAGGAUAUUUUGGAGUUUCUUUGAUUUUGUUUUCGGUUAAGUAACUAUUUCCUGUUUGUUCCAGAAACACAUGUUGAAAGAAGGUAAAGGCAGAAUGCUCCAGGCUAUUAGCCCAAAGCAGAGUCCUAACAGUAGUCCUACCCGUGAUAGGUCACCCUCCCCAUCCUUCCGCUGGCCCUUCUCUACGAAGAGUUCUCCACCUGCUUCUCCAGGAAGACGUUCACGGGCCACAACUCGUGCCUAUGACAUCAGCGAGGAUGAGGAAGACUAGUAAGACUUCACUCUUCUGAAAUCUUACCUUCAGCUGCUAAUUUCAUGUCCUCUGAGAUCCGGAACUGUGGCAACUCGGUGACGAAAAAUGCACUCAGUCUAAGUCUUUUACAUCCAGCAUUGUGAGCAGAAUGGUUGACAAAACUGAGUUUGACAGUAGUUUCAACUCUUGCUUCCUCCCUACAAAGAUCAAUUAUAUGUUUUGCAUUUUUUUAAAAUGAAACAUCCCUUCCUUUUUUUAAUGAACUCUGUGUACUUGCUUUGUUAUUGAUUUACUUUUCUGUUUCAAUGUUUUAUCGCAUGAGGUCAUUCUUGUCUCCUGUUCUCAUCAAUUGUAUUCAAUAUUACAUUUCCUUUUUGCACAUUUCCUCAGCUGUGAACUCCCACUUCAAGAGGCAGUAGAGGAUUACCAUGUAAAUUGAUGAGUUUUAGGACUGUAUGUGACACAGAGAAGGUGGCGGAAAUUGUCACAGUAUUGGAGGCAUUCAUUAAAUCCCACUGAACUGGGACUCUGGGGGUUGUGACCAGUGGAGGAUCUUAAUUGUAUUUAAUCAUUAACCCCUUGGAGUCUAGCCAUGUUGCAUUAAAAGUGCCUGUUGUCAUAACAUUUUGAUGUGAUGUUUGUUACCUCUGUUGUCUUUCAUAGGUAUUUCCACAUACAUCUG